AUAAACAUGUACUCGAACUCAUUCUCUUCAUCAUCUUCAUCUUCCAACUCACCAAUGUCUUUUGAUUUUGGAUUCCCUCAGUUUCCCGAACAAGUCCAAUUCAAUGAAGAAGGCUACGGGACACCAUCUCCAGAUGUCCUCCAGAAUAUGAAUUAUCAUCAUUAUCCGGCACAAGAUAUGACGACAAAUUCAUACAAUGGAGGCUAUGACAAUUCAAUGCAACAGAAUUUUAUGCAACCAGAUAAUGGUGCAGGAUACUACAAUGAAAACUAUCAACAGAUGCCUGAUUUUCAAUUUCCAGUUCAAAAUUUUGAUUUUACAAAUCAAUUUGAAUUCACGACGCCUAUUAAUGACCUCCAGCAAUCUCAAACUUCCAUCAACCACACCAAUCCCGACAACAAUGAAAAUUCCAUGCCAGAGAUACCAAUUGACGGGGGCUUCAACUUUUUUCCAGCUCAAGAAGUUCAAGAAUGGAAGCCAGCUAGAAAAGCUUCGAAAAAUAAAAUCAAGAAGAUUUCCACAAUGCAUAUCAACUCUUCGUGCUCCAAUUGUGGAUGUCGGGAAACGAAAUUGUGGAGGAGAAAUGAGCAAGGAGAAACUGAGUGCAAUCCGUGUAAUCUUUACGAACGAGUCAAAGGACAUAAAAGACCACAACAUCUUUGGAAUAAGCCAGCUGCCAAGAGAAGACGCCGUCCAGUUGCUCCACUUGUUGACUCUAAUGCUUUUAAUUUUUGAUUUAACUGAUCAACUCUGUGCAAUAAGCAUUAUUAUUUUUCUAAUCAAACAUGACCUUUCGGUUAUAAUUUAACUAUUUGUUUUAUUUCCCCUCUGCUGGUUUCCAUAAUAAAUAAAUAAAAAAACUUCA